AUCACAAUCAAAUAAAACCACACAUCAUCAGUCAGCUCUUAAAUAAUCUAUCUCCUCCUCCUACAUAUAUUUAAUAGUCUCUAUGAUGACUUCUUCUCUUUCAAUAAGGUCUUCUCUUUCUCUCUCCAAUUGUCCCACCUGCUCUUCUUCCUCUUCAUCUUCUCUCAAUUCUUUACAUUUUCCUUCUCAAAGACAAAUACCCAUUUCCCAGAAAGUGUCCAAGAUUAGAUCUUUAAGUUCUAAAGUGCAGAAAUCAGAAAGGGUAGUUGAUAGAUUUGGUGUUAAAGUUUGUAAAAUGGCCAUUAAUGGUGAAGAACAAGAGGCUCCUUUGCUUGAAGAAGCUGAGACUUCUAAACCUCGUCGGAUUGCUCUUUUUGUUGAGCCUUCUCCUUUUGCUUAUGUGUCUGGAUAUAAAAACAGGUUUCAGAAUUUCAUUAAAUAUCUACGUGAAAUGGGUGAUGAGGUGAUGGUUGUAACAACACAUGAAGGAGUACCAGAGGAGUUUUAUGGAGCAAAGUUAAUUGGCUCACGAAGUUUUCCUUGCCCAUGGUAUCAGAAAGUCCCUCUCUCUUUGGCUCUUAGUCCCAGAAUAAUUUCAGAGGUUGCAGCAUUUAAGCCUGAUAUCAUACACGCAUCAUCUCCUGGUAUCAUGGUAUUUGGUGCACUAGCCAUUGCAAAAAUGUUGUGUGUGCCAAUUGUGAUGUCAUACCAUACUCAUGUCCCUGUAUAUAUUCCAAGGUACACUUUCAGUUGGCUAGUGAAACCCAUGUGGCUCGUCAUUAAGUUUCUGCACCGAGCAGCUGACCUCACUCUGGUACCUUCAGCAGCCAUUGCAAAGGAUCUAUUGGCAGCAAAGGUAACAGCAGACAAUAGGAUUCGUCUAUGGAAUAAAGGAGUAGAUUCUGAAAGCUUCCACCCUCGCUUCCGUUCAUCUGAAAUGAGAUGGAGACUUAGUAAUGGAGAGCCUGACAAACCACUCAUAGUCCACGUUGGUCGCUUAGGCGUUGAAAAGAGUUUGGAUUUUCUUAAAAGGGUAAUGGAUGAACUACCAGAAGCAAGGAUUGCUUUUAUUGGUGAUGGUCCUUAUAGGGAGGAGCUGGAAAAGAUGUUUGCUGGUAUGCCUGCUGUAUUCACUGGAAUGUUGCAGGGUGAAGAACUCUCUCAAGCAUACGCCAGUGGUGAUGUUUUUGUGAUGCCCUCAGAAUCCGAGACUCUUGGUCUUGUUGUAUUGGAGGCCAUGUCAUCUGGAAUUCCUGUCGUGGGUGCUCGUGCAGGAGGAAUCCCUGACAUAAUACCUGAAGAUCAAGAGGGUAAAACUGGUUUUCUCUUUAGUCCUGGGGACCUUGAUGAUUGCCUCAGUAAACUGAAGCCUCUAUUGCAUGAUCGAGAACUGCGAGAGACCAUUGGGAAAGCUGCUCGUGAAGAGAUGGAAAAGUAUGAUUGGAGGGCUGCCACUAAAACGAUACGCAAUGAGCAAUAUAAUGCAGCAAUCUGGUUCUGGCGUAAAAAGAAGGUACAUCUGAUGAGACCUGUCCAGUUGCUGCUUAACUUCUUUGUAAAAUCACCACAAGUAAGCUACAGAUGACGUAGAUAAUUACCAUUCGCGGUGUUCAGAUCUGCAGUAUGAUGUUUAUAAGGGUUGUUUGAUGGUCUUGAAAUUAAGACCUUACAUUCGGAUAUUUUAUUUGUGAUUUGAUAGCCUUUUUGUUGUAUAUUAUGGGCCUACCUUGUUGUGUCUAAAGGCAUUUAUAUAUUGAUUUGGAUGUUAGCUUAGAGGAUUUAUUAUUAUUUCGAAGUAACUAUUUUCAUGUAAUAACACAAAAAGAAAAAAACAAAAAGAAAAAAAAAAGCUUCGGAUUAUUGUUAGUUAUUCAA